AUGGCGGGCCGCGGCCGCCGCGCCUGGCUCAGCGUCCUGCUGGGGCUGGUGCUGGGCUUCGUGCUCGCAUCGCGCCUCGUCCUGCCCCGCGCCUCCGAGCUGGCGGCGGCGGCGCGGCCCCACCGAGCCCGCCCGCAGGGCUGCCGCCCGCCGCCCGCCGCCGCCGCCGCCGCCCCGCCGCGCCGCCCCGGCCCGCCGGCACAGAGCUUCCUCUUCGUGGGGGUCAUGACGGCGCAGAAGUACCUGCGGAGCCGCGCCGUGGCCGCGCACCGAACGUGGUCCAAAACCAUUCCUGGCAAGGUCGAGUUCUUCUCCAGCGAGGGUUCGGACACCUCUAUCCCCAUCCCCAUCGUGCCCCUUCCAGGCGUAGAUGACUCCUACCCCCCCCAGAAGAAAUCCUUCAUGAUGCUCAAAUACAUGCAUGACCACUACUUGGACAAAUACGAAUGGUUCAUGAGGGCUGACGACGACGUUUACAUCAAAGGGGACAAACUGGAGAACUUCCUCAGGAGCCUGAACAGCAGCGAGCCGCUGUUCCUGGGCCAGACCGGCCUCGGCACCACGGAGGAGAUGGGCAAGCUGGCGCUGGAGCCGGGGGAGAACUUCUGCAUGGGGGGCCCAGGGGUGAUCAUGAGCAGGGAGGUGCUGCGCAGGAUGGUGCCGCACAUCGGCGAGUGCCUGCGCGAGAUGUACACCACGCACGAGGACGUGGAGGUGGGGCGCUGCGUGCGCAGGUUCGCGGGCGUGCAGUGCGUCUGGUCCUACGAGAUGCAGCAGCUGUUCUACGAGAAUUACGAGAAGAACAAGAAAGGCUACAUCCGUGACCUGAGGAACAGCAAGAUCCACCGAGCCAUAACACUGCACCCCAACAAGAACCCCCCGUACCAGUACCGGCUGCACAGCUACAUGCUGAGCCGCAAGAUCGCCGAGCUGCGGCACCGCACCGUGCAGCUGCACCGCGAGAUCGUGCUCAUGAGCAAGUACAGCAACACCGAGAUCCACAAGGAGGACCUGCAGCUGGGCAUGCCGCCCUCCUUCAUGCGCUUCCAGCCCCGGCACCGCGAGGAGAUCCUGGAGUGGGAGUUCCUGACGGGGAAGUACCUGUACUCGGGCGCCGACGGGCAGCCGCCCCGCCGGGGCAUGGACUCGUCCCAGCGCGAGGCGUUGGAUGACAUCGUGAUGCAGGUGAUGGAGAUGAUCAACGCCAACGCCAAGACGCGGGGGAGGAUCAUUGACUUCAAGGAGAUCCAGUACGGAUACCGCAGGGUGAACCCCAUGUACGGGGCAGAGUACGUGCUGGACCUGCUGCUGCUCUACAAGAAGCACAAGGGGAAGAAGAUGACGGUCCCCGUGAGGAGGCACGCGUACCUGCAGCAGACCUUCAGCAAGAUCCAGUUCAUGGAGCACGAAGAGAUGGACGCCAAAGAGCUGGCCAGCAAAAUCAACCAGGAUUCUGGCUCCUUGUCCUUCCUCUCCAACUCGCUGAAGAUGUUUGUCCCCUUCCAGCUCAGCAGGUCCAAAGCAGAAAGGAAGGAGCUCAAAGACAAGAAGAUCAACAUCCUGAUCCCUCUCUCCGGGCGGUUCGACAUGUUUGCGAGGUUCAUGGGGAAUUUUGAAAAGACGUGCCUCAUUCCAAACCAGAACGUCAAGCUGGUGGUCCUGCUCUUCAACUCCAACUCCAACCCUGACAAGGCGAAGCAGAUCGAGCUGAUGAGAGAUUACCGCUCCAAGUACCCCAAGGCUGACAUGCAGGUUCUGCCGGUGUCGGGGGAGUUCUCAAGGGCGCUGGCUCUGGAAGUCGGAUCUUCUCAGUUCCAGAACGAGUCUUUACUUUUCUUCUGUGAUGUUGACUUAGUGUUUACCACAGAAUUCCUCCAGCGGUGUAGAGCCAACACAGUUUUGGGUCAGCAAGUAUAUUUUCCCAUCAUUUUUAGCCAGUAUGAUCCAAAGAUUGUUUAUAGUGGAAAGGUUCCUAGUGACAAUCAUUUUGCCUUCACUCAGAAAACAGGUUUCUGGAGGAACUAUGGCUUUGGUAUCACCUGUAUUUACAAAGCUGACCUUCUUCGAGCAGGUGGCUUCAAUGUCUCCAUCCAAGGUUGGGGCCUUGAAGACGUAGAUCUAUUUAACAAAGUCAUUCAAGCUGGCUUAAAAACUUUCAGAAGCCAAGAAAUUGGAGUAGUCCAUGUGCAUCACCCUGUUUUUUGUGACCCUAAUCUUGAUCCAAAACAAUAUAAAAUGUGCUUGGGGUCCAAAGCUUCAACGUAUGGGUCCACACAACAGCUGGCUGAAAUAUGGUUUGAAAAAAACGACCCAAAUUUUGGGAAAAGCAGCAAUACUAAUGGCUCAGUGAGGACAGCCUAAUGUCCAGCUAUGCUGGAAAAGACUUUUUUUUUAAUUAUCUAAUUUAUUUUUGGGAAAAUGUUUUUUGAUAAUUCACUUUUAAAAGACCACACAGGAUAUAUUUUAGAAAUCAUUGUUGUUUUCUUACAAAGCGCUCGUUUUGAGAAGAACAAGGCCCUUGGGUUUUUUUGUUGUCGUGUUUUUGGUUUUGAACAAAACUGUGAUCAAUAUUUGCCUUCAAACAAACAAAAACAAAAAAAAAAAAAAGGAAAAAAGUUGUUUAAGAGUUAUCUGAUCAGCGGAAAUCUGACUUGAAUUAGAAUUUCCUUAUGAACAAAAGAUUGUUUCCUGCCGUUUCCGUUGCCGUCUUCACGGCUGGGAUUCUGUAAAUGUGGACCUGAGCGUGCAAAGCCAAGUGACAAAACGCUGUGUCUAAAUGUUUUUGGUGUGACUGCUACCUUGCAAGGAUUCUGCUCCUUUGGUUCAGGAUUAGCCAUUAAUUCUCAAAUUGCGUUAGAAAAUCCGAGUCGCUGUGGCGAUGAGCAAGGGUGGUAAAUCGCAGGAGGGGUUUUAUGUUUUUCCCUAAUAGCUGAUUAUUUCAGUUUAAAAACACACCUCCACUUGUGAUGGGCAGGCGAGGGAAGGAAGUAAGCACAAGCCGUGAUCCGGUCGGUCCCUGUGGGAAUUGUUGUGUUUGGGAUGUUGGGGGAAGAGGCCGUGGUGGGCUCCGUGCUCACGGAACAGAACAGGCUGGGCCGGGCACCAGGGGAUGCUGAGGAGCAGGGGAAGGGCUGGGGAUGGGAAUCUCUGGCAGCCAAAGGACAGCACACAGUGAACAAUCCAAAAUCCCCGAGGAGAAGCUGCAGAGCUCCUCUGCCCCAGCGUCCCCGCUCGCGUCCGUUUCCUUCGGUCACCUGGUGUUACUGGGAACAAUUAUUGCAUUGGAUUGCUAGUUUUGUUUUGGGAUUUUUUUUUUUUUUCUGUAUCUGCUAGACCGUUAAUUUAUUUAAUAUCCAUUGUUUUAGGUUCUUGACCUUUCCUUGAAUAUCUGUUAGUCAUUUUAAUAUUUUAUAUAUAUAUAUAUGCGUGUGUAAAUAUAUAUAUAUAUAUAUUAGGAAUGUAUUGCAUCUUUUCACUGAUAAGGUAGUGUACAUCAUACUUACAGUAAAUGAUCUCCAAAGAUUACUUUCUAAAAUAUUUUUUCAUGGAUCUUUUUUUUUCUCCCCCAAAUUUCUUCAACAUUUUUGGAAUGACUUCAGUGAGUUUAGGAAUUUUUUUGGUAUUCUAAGAGGAACUGGGGAUGAGGAGGCUGAAUACAAGGAAAGUGUGAUCCCUAUGAGUUAACAUCUAGCAAGGUAAGAGAAAAUACACGAAAUAAAGUGCCUUAAAGCCAGAUAGGGAACCCUAUACACUGAGACUUAGUGACUGGACAUUGUCAUUGAAGCAGAUGAUCUCUUGGGACCUAUGUACCUGUAAAUAUCCUGCUCAGCAGAAACAGAAAAUAAAAACCAGCGAACAAUAUAUUUUUCUAUUGUAUCCUCCAGCCCCAUUUCAUCCCAUUGCCCUCAGUUCCACUUUGCCUGCUCUUUGGGAAGUGGAGGCAAGUGAAGGAAUGGAGAAAACCCAAGGCUUUGGUGGUUGUUGCCACGUUUGAAGGGAUCUUACAGUGCAAUUGCUAUUCCAGUAGAAGAAAUAACCAUUGUUUACACGUGUAUGGAGUACGAACUGCAACUAGCAUAGAGUCUGUGUCUUACAAUGUUCAUCAUUUUCUGGUGACAGUCCCAAGGAUGUAGGUGCAUGGAAAAUUUUUCUUUUCCUCUCUUUUUUUUUUUCCUUUCUUUCUUUCUUUUUUUUUUUUUUUUUUUAAGACUUGCUUCUAAGAUGCAAUAAAGAUUUUUUUUAUUUGCAAUUGGA